AUGUCUCUCACAGAAUCUUCCGCGAUUGACAUUGCGAAAGCUGCAUCCUCCGCUUCUCGUCACUUAGCAACUUUGUCUGAAGCGGAUCGCAAUGAGGCCCUAGUAGCACUCCAUGAUGCACUUUUAGCGAAUAAAAAUGCCAUCCUGGAAGCGAACGCAAAAGACCUCCUAGCUGCAAAGCGAGAUGUCGAAGGUGGCACUCUCACUCAAAGUGUGUUGAAGCGUCUUGACUUGUCAAGACCAGGUAAAUAUGAUGAUAUGUUGCAAGGCAUUCUCAGUGUCAAAAAUCUCAAAGACCCGAUUGGAAAUGUCACAUUAAGAACUUUACUGGAUGAUGGCCUUACUCUUGAAAGAGUGACCUGUCCUAUAGGUGUCUUGUUGAUAAUAUUUGAAGCUCGGCCUGAGGUCAUCGCGAAUAUUGCCGCUCUGGCCAUAAAAUCGGGAAAUGCUGCGAUUCUAAAAGGCGGCAAAGAAUCGACCGAAUCCUUUGUUACGAUUUCGCACGUAAUUUCCAAAGCUAUAUCGGGCACCCGCGUUCCGGGGUCAUCGAUUCAACUCGUGAAGACACGAGCCGCUGUGUCCGAUCUGCUGGCACAGGACUCGCUAAUCGAUCUCGUCAUUCCUCGUGGCUCUAAUGACCUCGUUCGCUUUGUGAAGGAGAACACAAAAAUCCCCGUUCUCGGCCAUGCCGACGGCCUUUGUUCUGCAUACAUCCACUCUGAUGCAGAUCUGGAAAUCGCGGUAAAAGUCAUUGUAGACUCGAAAACCGAUUAUCCUGCAGCUUGCAAUUCCUUGGAAACUUUACUUGUACAUCAGGAUGUCCUGAACACGAUCUUUCCCGCGGUUGCUCGAGCCCUCAUCGCUAAGGGCGUAUGUCUCCGCUGCGAUACAGCCUCUAAAGCUGUGUUACUACAAACGCUAACCUCUGAAAAAAUGGAGAUGGUUCAGGAUGCGUCUGAGUCUGAUUAUCACACUGAGUUUCUUGAUCUUAUCCUAGCAGUUAAAACAGUUCACUCUCGCCCUCCACUCUCCGAUGUCGAGGAGGUAAUUGAGCAUAUCAAUUCUCAUUCUUCCAAACAUACGGAUAUUAUUGUGACCUCGUCCAAGGACACUGCAGAGCGUUUCAUGAAGGCUGUUGAUAGUGCAGGGGUUUUCUGGAAUGCCUCAACACGGUUCGCAGACGGGAUGAGAUAUGGGUUUGGGACUGAAGUCGGCAUCAGCACCAACAAGAUACAUUCUAGGGGACCUGUUGGCUUAGAUGGGUUGACUAUUUAUAAAUACUUGAUUCGUGGGGAAGGUCAUAGAGCUGGCGAUUAUUUCGAAGGUGAAGGAGGCAAGAAGUGGAAGCAUCAAAGCUUGUAA